AGAAUUUGGUGUCUCUAUCGUUAACACCAUCUUCAUCCGUAUACGAGAGAGAUUUGUAGAGCAUUCGACGAUGUACCAAAUAGACAUGUUUUAACAAGACCGACGAGGUGAAGUUUAGUGUCAGAGAUAAUCAGGGACUUUUAGUUUCGAUCGAUUCUGUGGUUUAGGACCCUGUUGCAAAGGAAAUGCAAGGGGACGUUUUCUCAAGCGACGGCGUCAAGAGGGAUUCGGUCCUAGCGAAGGACGGCCAGGGCGACGUCCCAGCGCUCUUGGGGGACGUGCACGAACAACUCGACGAGCUCAGGAAGGAGCUGACGGACACCAUCAGCUGUUUGGGCCUCGAGAUCUUGGAGAUCCCCGAAUUGGCCGUCUUGGACGCGGCGAAAGAGGAGCAAGGCGAAGGAAAGAGCGGCGGGGCAGCAUGGGGCGCCUUCAGCAAGUACGAGAGGAGUCAGAGAGCGUUUCAGGACACGAUCGCCGAGACGGAAUACUACAACAGUACAGAGAACUUCAGUCAGAGUUACGGAGGGAAUCCCGCUGAUAAAUUGGCAAAGGGAAGAAUAGAACAGGAAGAGACCUUGGCAAUUGGCCCGGGCGGAUCAGGUAGCGGUAGCUAUCAGCUGAUCCCCUUGUCAUCUGACGAUGACGUCACGGUGGAUACGAGACGGAAAUGGCGGUGGAAUCAGCUGCCACGCCUGCAGCGUGUGGUGUUCUUCAUGCUAGGAGUAGCGGCCCUGGUGGCCCUCAUCUAUGUAAUUGCUAGUCAUGCUGACCCCUCGGCACCCCCUGCUGUUUCUCAUGAGAACGUCGUGAUAGCUCCAACUCCAGCAGUUGCCCAACCUGAAGUAAUUGAAAAUGAAGCAAAUGUCGAGGAAGAAGUCAAGAAGGAAGGACCUGACCAGAUAAUUCCUCCCCCUGGACCCCCACGAAAGAGAUCUGAAAGACAAGAAGCUGUUGUUGGAGCAAUGAAGCAUGCCUGGAAAGGUUACAAGACCUAUGCAUGGGGUCAUGACCAUCUUAAACCCUUGUCACGGUCAAGUAAUGACUGGUUUAGACUUGGGCUGACACUGAUAGAUGCACUUGAUACACUGUGGAUUAUGGAUCUUAAAGAUGAAUUUAAUGAGGCUCGUGAGUGGGUUGCAACUCAACUGAACUUCAAUAUAAACCAAGAUGUUAACUUGUUUGAAUCCACCAUUCGCAUAUUAGGAGGCCUUCUUUCAACAUAUCACCUUACUAACGACCAACUCUUCCUCGAUAAAGCUGUUGACAUAGGCGAUAGACUAAUUGCUGGGUUCAAUAGUGGAUCUGGAGUUCCCUUUGCAGACGUCAACUUGUAUUCACGAAAAGCUUCAAACCCAAAAUGGGGCCCAGAUUCCUCAACUUCAGAAGUUACAACAAUUCAGCUGGAAUUCAGAGACUUGUCUCGUGUUACUGGAAAUCCCAUUUAUGAGGAAAAAGUGAAUUUAGUGUCUGAUCACAUCCAUAAACUACCAAAGACGGAAGGACUCGUUCCCAUCUUCAUUAAUGCUCAGACGGGACAGUGGCGUGCACACUCGACCAUCACCUUGGGAGCCAGAGGAGACACCUAUUAUGAGUAUCUCUUAAAACAGUGGAUCCAGACAGGACGUACGAGAGACUUCUUAAGAGAUGAUUACAAUGAGAGUGUGGCCGGCAUGGAGCACCUGUUAGCGAGAAGGACAGAACCCAGUAACCUUCUUUUCUUUGGCGAGCUUCAUGGUAGUAAAAAUUUUGUCAAUAAGAUGGAUGAGCUGACUUGCUAUCUCCCAGGCACUCUAGCCCUUGGAGUUCAUUAUGGAAUGCCAAAACACCAUAUGAAGAUAGCAGAGGAUCUGAUGUAUACUUGUACACUAACUUGGCUUCGUCAACCAACGAACCUGGCCCCAGAAAUUACUUACUAUAAUACGCAGCCCACAAGUACGAAUGAAGAUUUCUUUGUAAAGAGCAAUGACGCACACUACCUCCUCCGUCCAGAAACUGUAGAAUCACUGUGGUACAUGUAUCACCUAACAGGAAACAAAACUUUCCAGGACUGGGGAUGGCAAAUGUUUCAGGGCAUAGAAAAUUACUGCAAGGUAGAAAAUGGAUACACUUCCAUUGGCAACGUCAGAAGUACUAUAGACACAAAACCAAAAGACAAGAUGGAAUCUUUCUUCCUAGGGGAGACACUUAAAUAUCUUUACCUCCUGUUUAUGGAGGAUCAGAAUGCUUUUAGUGUAGACAAGUGGGUCUUCAAUUCUGAAGCACAUCCACUACCUAUUUAUACCCACUAGUCUUCUCAUCAGUCAUCAUAGAAAGCAUAUUAUACUUCACUAGAUCAUACUAUUUAAUUAUUUCAGUAGGGUAAGCAAUCCAGGCUUAGUUGUAUAAAGUCAGUGGUAUUUUGAGAAAUAAUUUACUAUGCAAUCAGUUGCGUCACGAAGGUCAGGCUGGGGGGAUGUUUGUUCUCAGGUGCUGCCUCUGCAGAGGCCAGAAUUGGGUGAGGAGAAAAUGUUUGAAGUUGUGAAUUGAUAGAGGUGAUGUUUUAUAAUAAUAUAAAUUAUGUUAACUAAAUUAAUAUCUAUCCAAGCAUUAAGAGAAUAUAAUUUUUUUAAGAGUAUAUUUCAUCAUUUCUUUUUUUCUAAAGUGCUACAGCAGUAGCAGUUUGACCCCAAAAUGAUAAUAUUAGCAUUUUUAUUCUCUAAAUUUGGAAAAUAAGGCAAUAAAGCUAUUGCCAAGGGUCCUAAUUAUUGAUUUCUUUGCACCACUAAGUUUCCACGAUUGACAAAGUUCAGAAAUGACUCCAGAACCAUUCCAUAAAUUUACAUGUUGCUGUGCAAGAUGUCUAGACUUUGUAGGUAUAAUUUCUUGAUGAACAACUUUUAAAAAUCACUUGGGAAGGCAAGAGAAAUAUGUGCUACUUUGGAUGUGAGAGUUAUUAGAAGAUGGAGAGUAAGUCUCCAUAUAUCAGAUGAAAUUGACACUAGAAGACUUUCUGUGCCUCAUUGUUCAAUGUAGUGAUAAAAGGGUCUUCAAAAUUUGAGUUAGAUAUUCCUUCAUGUUUGUCUAAAAAAUUACCAACUAUUGUAGUAUCUACUACCAGCUGUGAGUUAUCCUUCAUCAAGCUGAAACUCAUGCUAUGCUAUCUUUAGGCAUCGGUGGGCCAAGAAAAUUAAAUGUAGUAGUGUCACAUACAAAAGGAGUAAAGUCAUAGGACAGAUUUGCUGCAGUGAAAGCUGCAACCAAACCCCUUAAACAGAGGAGCUAUUGUAUCCAUCAGUUGUAAGUCUGAAAAGUUUCUAACUGUUGUAUGACACUUUCCCUCCAUUUUCAGUCUCGCCCUUCCUUUCUCACAUCUUUCCUAGCCUCCUUAUUUUACAUCUGUGUGUUCAUUAACAAUAAAGCCUUAAAUUAUACUUGUGUACCUUCUCUCAUUAUGUGCAGUGAAAUGACUACAGUUUUAUUCUGUUUGAUUACUUAUUUUGCCUUACCUUUUCAUAGAUUUCUUUCUCAAUAAGAUAUUCAUGUUUAGGCACUUCAUUAUAUAUAUUGAACCCUCUUAUUGUGCCUUGUCUGUCUUUUCUAUUUAUUUUUUCUUUCUGAAUAGCCUGUACUUCACAUUAACCUAUCUUGUCAAUUUUUUACCAGUACACAAAUUAAGCAUCAUGCAUCAUUAUACUCUCCUGCUAAACUAACUAUCAAACUAGUCUUGCUAUCCAGGGAUCCCUUUACAGAGCGGGAUACUUCCCUGGCUGUGAGGAGAACUGAGAUGAAAAUCCCUGCCUAAUACAGAACCACUGUGAUGGUCUUUCACCCCAGCUACAGAGGGAAAGAUGAUGCCAAAACAAAAACUAGUGUAAUUACUAUGGGGCUUAUUACUUGCUAUUUAAAAAGUUAUUAUAUUAUAUAAUAUUAGCUUUAGUGACACUUAGAAAUGAAUACAACUAACAAUGGUGCCUCAUUAGAAUUUCAGAGAUUAGCCAGACAAAUUUUUAAAGUGAGAGCCAGAUAGCAAUUAUGGAAUGCCAUCCACAAAUGUUAGCAAAGUUAAAAAUAACAAAAAUGGAUGAAAUCAGCAAGUCUUACCUUUUCACAAGGUAUAAUAGUACAGCUGGCAAGACUGUCUCACAAUCAAUUAUAUCUUAUUUGCUUCCUCCCAAUGUUAGUUCUUUUCAAUGAUUAAUUAUGUCUUUUAUACAUCAUUGAUAACACUAACAGCGGAAUACGCUGUUUAAGGUUUAUUUUCUGAUUUUUUGUUUCUGAAAUAUGGGUCAUUGGGGUAACUGGCACAGUUGUAUGAAAUAUGAUAAUUAAUAAACUGAAUGGAAUGAUUUUUCUAAGUGUCUCUUAGAAUCCACGACUAUCUUUGAUGUGUACUUGAUUCAGGAGAUUACUGUAAACACUAUGGGCUUUUCUGAGACGAUGUUUCUCUACAGGGAUCCCUAGACAGACAAGACUAGUGUGACUAUUGCUUAACUGAAAGAUUCUUUUAAUUUAAUGGGCCCCAAAUUGAAAGCAGUGAACCUCAAUUAAAUUCAUAUAGCAAAUAGAAUUUACACGGGAUGGAAUGGGAAGUGCCGUUAUUGACUUUGUUCCAAGGCGCCAGUAACCAUCGUGAUGCCAUUGAAAGCAUUAGAACUUAUUAAAGAUUAGGAUUUGAAGCUGCAGUUUUUAUGAUAAUUUAACAAUAUACAUGCCUGGGGUGUGUAAGGAAUUGAAGGAUGAUUACCUUAGAUCAUUAGUAAGGCUGUGCUAGAGCAUCACUACCUCUCUUUUAAUUUUUCAUAGUUCCUCAACAUUCCUUAAGCAUUGGGGACAGCAAGGAGAUUCUCCAAACAAUUGCUUCAUGGUUUAAUAUACAGCCGAAGGUGGUGUGCAUGAUGUAACACGAGUACUUGUUAAAUAGUGCUACAAAAGAGUGAUUUGACCUUUAUGUACAAAAUGCUGUAUCAUUUUAUCUAUAAAAUAAUACAAAAAAGAGAUAUAAUAGAAAUAUUGUUUUGUAGUUUUCUUUAAGUGUGCAGUAUUUAUUACUGUAAGAUAAUACAAUAGAUGAGACCAGAGUUGCGUAAGAUAUGAGAAAAUGUAAAACAUUAGUAUGUAUAGUGAAAGGAAUUUCAAGGAAUUGUAGGAAUAAUUGAAACACUAAAUGUAGUCAAACAAGUGUUGAUAGAAAAUGAGUGGUACUUAAUGAAUGUAUUUGUUUGGUACUGAGUAGAGUUAAAAUGUUAUGACAAACCAAUUUUUACAUCAGAAAGGGCUUAUUUUGUAUUGUUUUUUCUACUUAAUUUCAUGAUUUUAGUACUUGUAGAGUAAGCUGUGUUAUGAACCACUGACAGUACAGAGUUUUAAGCAAUUGAAUUUUAGUAAUUCUUCAACUGUAGUUUUUGAAUUUGCUUUUCUCAAGGGGUUUACAAAUGUUGCAGAAUCGAGAAAUGGCAUUCAUUUCAUCAAAUUGUCAUUGUAAUGGUUGUUAACAACUUCAGAUUGCAGAUUACUGUGAUCAUUUGAAAGGACACUACACCUUAUAUAAUCUUGAUGGAUAUGUUAAAGAAUGAUGUAAAAGGGAAGUAUAAAAAUGCUAUGUAUAUAUUUAUCACACAUGAAAGUUUAUCAUGUACUUCAAAGUUUUCAUUCUUCAGGAGACUGACAGUGUAUGGUACAUUUUAUUAACCAAGCCAAAAGUGAAAUUUGUUAUAUAUUUUGAGGUCGAUAUAAUUCCAUUUAAGAUAAAAUACAUUGUUCUGUGACUAAAAAUACGAAAUUGGCUUGCACAUAUUCUUUUCUGGCAAUUUUCAUUGGAAUUCCAUUUUUAAAAAUUAGCUUCUUUUUAAACCUAGAGGCUGGGACAUUUUAAGGUAUCUAACAUAAGGUGUAUUAUCUAAAAUUGAAUUUUAACUGAACCUGCAUGGGGGGAAAUAUUGUUUGAAUAAAGAGGAGUUAACUGCUUGAAAAUCUAUAAUUCUUGAAUUUGAACUCAAUUUGACGCUGACUCAGUGUGGCCCCAUUCAAGCAGUUAAGUCUUUUCGAAUAAAGUUUUAAUCAUAGAAAGUUAUGUGUUCAUAGUCAGUUUGACAGUGAAGAAAUGUUUUUGUUGUACUUGACUAGAAUAUUAGUUACAUUAUUUGUACCAUUCUAGAUAAGUUGAUCAUUUUAUAUUUUUGGAUACUGGUGUUGGUUUUCUUUGUGAUGUAAGCCUUACAAUAUAUGGUACAACUAAUAUUUUUAGCCUUGCAACUUUAAAGAUAUUUUCAUGGGAAGACAAAACAAAACAAAAAAUAUUUUGCCUAUAUCAUAUUUUAUUGUGAGGCAUGUUGACAGUUCUAGUUAUUAUUUUUGUUAAUACUGUUGUUAUUACCAUUUGCAUUAUUGUUUUUAUGUUUUGUUAUUGUUAUUAUUAUUAUUAUUAAUAUUUAUGUAUUUUUUUUAUUAAUCAUUAAUUAUUUUUAUUUAGUCAAGAUGUAAGUGGCACACACAGCAAAAGGGGCAUUAAGAACUUUUUCAAUCCGUCAUUAAUUUUUAUAUACAUGCAAAUAUGACAGCACAUUUUAGGAAGGUAUAUGGUCUGAAAUUGUUUAUGGUAAAACAGAUGACAUAAGCAAAAGUAAGGUUUCUUAUGUACAUUUAUUUACUCUCUCUUCCUCCUCCCCUUGUUCCCCUAUCUCUCCUCCUCUUUUCUCUCUUCCUUCUUCUCCCCUUUCCUCUUUCCAGUUUGCAAUUUCUAUUUUCCACUCUCUCCUCUGUCCCUCUGAUCACCUUGAAAAAACUAUUAUAUGAUUAUAAGUGUAACUUAUUUAACCAAUGGAUAUUGAUAAAAUUAUAAUGAUAAAUUCAUGUUUGAUUAUAUGAUAAAUUUUAUUAUUUCUAAAUCAGAGUAAUCUAUUAUAGCAGUGUUAAUACAUUGCUAAUUAUUAACAAUAUGGUGCCAAUAUAAAAAUGAUCUUGUGCUUGAUAAACCAUAGAGCAAAUGGAGUGCAGUAUUGAUAUAUACAUGUCAUGAAUUAAAGAAAUCAUAUUGCCAUUUGUUUUUAUUCUGUGGAUUGUAGGUUAUGUACAGAAGAAAAUGAAUUACAAACCAUAUAUCCCUCCAUUAAAACAUGUGAAGUGCAAGUUACAAAGUGGUUUACUUUGUUUCAUAGAGUUACUGAUCUAUUAUCCUAUUUUUCUGGCCAUGCUCAGGAAUGGGAAUGAUGUUUUGUCUAUGAAAGUUUAGUAUAUACUAUAGAGAGGUUUAUAAGUGUGUGAAAGAGACCAUGAAUGUUUGUGAUUACUCUGAAGUGCUCAUAACACUUAUGUAAGUGACCAAUACAACAGUGGAAUUUCACACAUCACAUCUUUGCUUAGUCUUUCAGCAUGGUCUAGAGACUAAACUGGUAAAGUUUUCUAUGUAUUGGCUUGACAGUCCCUUGUGUGAAUUGUUUUCCAUUUUUUCCUGUUUUUUCUUGCUUUUCUUACCUAAUCAGGUGGUUAUGCUUGACUAUACCAUGCAAAGUAUAUGUAUAUGUGCAUUAUAAGGUAUAGGUAGUCCAUUGUUAAUAGCUUAUGCAUUUGUUUGGGAAUGAAAAUAAAUGAAAUUUAACUUAACCUCCAUUACAUUUGGGUUUGUUUUGUUCUAGGAUCAUUUAGAACUUAAUCUGACCUAACAUUCAGACUUGAUAAUAUUGUGGAUUGCAUUUUUUAUGAUCCUUGAUAGUUUUCAGAGCAAGUGGUGUUACUUAAUUGUUUUUUUUUUUCUGUCAUAUACUGUAUGUAUAAACUAUAUAGAUAUGUAUAUACAUAUAUUUCCUAAAUUGAUUUGUAGGUCUUGAAGAAAGUUAGUUUGAACUCCCCCCCCCCCCCCUUAUUUACAAGCAUUGCUACUUUGAAUAGAUCUUUAGUUUUCACAAAAAUAGAAAAGUAACCUGAAAGUUGUCCCAUCCAUUUACCUAUGGUUAAAUGGUUAAAAAAUUCAUAUAUUAUGAUAUAUCUGUUGUGUGACUAUAUCUCCAUCAGCAUCAGUGUAUUUGUAUAUAUUUAUGUAUGUAUGGAGAAACUGGAUAAGUGAGAGCCUGUAAGAGAGAGUGAGUGUUAAUAAGAAAGUGUGAGUCGAGUCAGAGGGUUGGCUUGGCACAUGUCUCGGGAGAAUUCAGUGUUGCUAGCUGACCAUGGGAAAACUAAAAGAUCUCUUGAACAGCAGACUAAAAGCACAUUUGUCAUAUGAAUUUUGUAAAGAAUGUUGGUGAUGUCAUAUGAAAUGAUGUGAAAGAAUGCAGGCCACAAGGCCUAUCAAGUAGUACCAGCAUAACUGAGGGGAAGGUUGACUGGUUGUUAAAUAGAUGAAUAGAUACUCAUAUUUAUAGCUUGUGUGUGUGCAUGCAUGUGUACAUUCUUAUAUAUUAUGAAAUAGCUUAUGUGGUUGCUUAUGUGUGCAUGUGUGAGUGUGUCGUAGUAUGUCUGUAUAUACAUACAAUUUUUGUGUACGUAUGUGUUAAUAUAGAGAUAGAAUAGAUGGUUAGAUUAAAUAGAUGAUAGGUAGUUAGAUAAGUAGAUAGAUAGAUAGGCAGACUGGCUAUUGGGAAUUCAGAAGCAGUACAUAAGGCUUAAACUUUCUGAGGUAUGCAGAGUUCUCCUUGCGUUAUUUUUGCUGGAUUUAGUGCAUUUUCAAAUAACCACUGUGAUUAUAAAAAAAAAAAAAAAAAGAUUGUGUGUUUUCAAAGAGUUCAUAUUAUGAAUAGAAAAUCUGAAGAUUCACUGAUAUUGUUACUAAUUUCUCAGUAACAAAGUUUUCAUUGGUGAGGGUUAGGGGAUAAUUAGUAGUCCGUUCAGACAAGAUAUGAACAUGAUUGAUGUAUCCUGUGCCCUGUUAUAUACUGAGCAGAUAUAUAUUUCAGAUUGUGAUGAACAGUUUACAAUGAAGGUUCUUUUUUUAUAAUAUCUCUGUUUGUGAAAUUUAAUCUUGUGCGUGUUCAGUUUUAUUAAGUGGUUAUCGUUUAGUUUCUCCAUUACUGCUGUAGAUGUUUCUGUAAUGCACCAUUGGUGAUAUUUUCAGUGUGUCCUUUAAGUAUUUGAAAAUUCUGGUAUAGAUUGCUCUAAGGAAAGUAUUUUGCUAGCUCAACAGUGUUUCUGGUAGUUGCAUUUCUACUGUAUUAAAUUAUGUGAAUCUUGAUUAUGAAAGUGCACAAUUGUGAUAUUGUCAGCAAUGAUCCCUACUUCACUGCUGUCAAAUUCUGUUGGAAGUAAAUUAGUUUAAGACUACCAAGCCUAGUCUUAAAGUUUAGUAUGUGUGUUUUGUACUGUCAAAACUUUCUGUUAAGAAUUUAAUAAGCACAAUGUGUUAUAAUUUUGCAUAGCCAUUGUCAUAGUUCAGUGGGUGUUUUUAACUGGAGAUUUUGAACUUUAUAUUUAGUAACGGUUUGUGAAGUGUUUUGAUGUUGUAAAGAUAUUUUCAGAAUCAUACAAGAUAUUAUCAGGUUACGCCUUUUGUUAGAAGAGAAAUACUACUGUGAGCAAUGUGUGCCUGAUGCAGAAGUACCAAACAAAAUACAGAUAUGAAAGAGUGCAUCUGUAUUUUGUAUUUUGCCGUAAAUGAAAUUAUAAAGUCAUUUAUGGCCCCUAAUGUUGCCUGACUCAUGUAUACUAGACAUGAGGAAGAAAUCUUUCAUUUCCACUCAUCAUGAUUCAAUAUUUUAUCAUCUAUAAGUUUGAACUAGAGAUGGAGUUCGUGAUUGUAAAUAUUACACUGAAUAAAGUAUGUAGUGUAUGCUUAGUACUUUUAUUUUGAUUGUUGAUAGAAUGGUAAAAGCAAGUAUUGUUACGAGUGUAUGAUAUUUUGAAUAUAUUUUAUGAUUCAAUAAAAAUGAAGAAUAAUA